AUGAAUUAUCAUUUGAGUUAAGUUUCAUUUCUGUAAGUCCUGCCCAUCAUAAACCAGUCCAACAACACUAGAAAAACACGACAAGCACACACACUGAGAAACACAGCUGGAAAACAUGUCUAACGGAGGAACAAAUGUUCAGAGCAGAAACUCAAAUGCGAGGAAGAGACCCACUAAAAACUCUCCAUCCGGUCCUUCUCCCAGCGAUCCGCUCGCAGUAAAUCCAGCUCUGAAUGAACUGAGACUGGUUCUGCUGGGAAAAACCGGUGCGGGGAAAAGUGCAACGGGAAACAGCAUCCUGGGAAACAGAUGCUUUAAUGAUGAACUGUGCAUGAGUUCAGUCACUAAAGAGUGCAUGAGAGAGUGUGGAACGGUGGAAGGACGGAAUCUCGUUCUUGUGGACACACCUGGGUUUUUUGACACCGAUCUGAAAACUGAAGAACUGCAAAAGGAGGUCAUUCAUUGCCUGGCCUUGUGUUCUCCUGGUCCUCACGCGUUUCUGCUCGUCAUACCAAUAGAGCGAUAUACAGAGGAGCAGCAGCGCACCGUAGAAAUGAUUCUGGAGAUGUUUCGUGAGGACAUCAGCAAUCACAGCAUCCUGAUAUUCUCACACGCCGACAGACUCAGAGGAGAAUCCAUCGAAAGAUUCGUUUCGAAACAAAAUCAAAAAGUUCAAGACCUCGUGAAAAGAUUCGGGAGGCGUUUCGUGGCCUUUGACAACACAAACCCUACAAACCCAGAACAAGUGAGUCGACUCCUGCAGAAAGUGAACGAGCUGCUGGCCGUGAAUGAGAACCGUCACUUCACUAAUGAAGUUACAGAAGCAAUGCAAAAAGCCCAGAAGAUAAUAGAAGAGAGAAUGCAAGCAGAAAUGGAUAAAAGAAUGAAGAAAAUAAAGCAGGAGGUCAAAAAAAUGGCCGAUGCUCGUUGGCGUGCAUUUAUUUCUGACAUCAGUGAAGAGAGGCGCAACGCAAAGAGAAGAAUUAAACGCAUACAACGCAGGAUUGAUCAGAUCGAGACGGAUAUAGAGAUGGAAGAACAGAAUGUGCGGCUGAUCCCAGCAAGACUGAAGCGGUUCGAAGCAUCUCUGAAGAAGCAGCUGAAGAACAUGAGAAGAAUGCAGAAAAGAGAAAUGAAAAAGGAGAGGAAGAGAAGGGAAAGAAAGGAGAAAGAAAAGAAGAUCUGGUUUCGGGAAGAGAUGCAGAGGAGACUGAAUGAAGCAAGAGAGAAGAGUCUAUUUUCUUCACGUAAUAUUCUGACUAAACUUACUUGCUAUUUUCUUGGCCUUGGAUCUGUAUUUGUACCUACACUCUUAGCAUGUGUGUUCCCUCCAGCAGUGGAAACCGGAUUGUUGGCAAAGUUUUUGUUGGACUCUGGAGCAGCAGAAAGUGGGAGUUUAUUUGGGAAGGUUGCUGGAGUUGCAGUGAAAGCUGUAUCUGUAAAGUUGGCAUCGAGGACAAACUGCUGCAUUCAGUGACUGAUUAUUGAUCGAGUUCACAGACCAAGCUUUAUUAUAGCAAGCUUUUUUACAGACUGUAAAGAGUGUCAAAUCACACGUGCUCACUUCAUCAGCAGUCUUGGGUCUAAAGUAUUUUUCUCAUUCAUUUCCUCCUUAAGGAUUUUUUUUAAGAAGAGUGAAACAAUGAAGCAUUGCAAAUGACUGAAUCACAUUUGCUGUAUUUGACACAGUGUGAGAACUGACCACAAAGUGGCGCUAAACUACAUGAAUCCACAUUUGUGCUUUUGGGACCAUUAUCUUAAAUGGAAAAUGGAAAUCUUUUCUAAAUCUAAAAUCUUUUCCUCCUAAAUCCUUGAGAUUUCCUGAAUAGAAAAAAAGAUGGAAAAAUCUGAUAUUUUUCAUAACCAAGGACACAAUUUCAUUAACAUUCAUUGCAGGUGUUGUUUAUUGGUGGAAUCAACAAAGCCGAGUAACCAGCUGAACACUGAACAAGGUUCAAAACACAUUUACAGCCUCUUACAACUUGUUCACCUCUUUGCUCAUCUAAGAGUUACCUUCAGUUUUUAUUAGCCCAUCCUUCGUGUAAUUAUCUCUCUGUUUUGGCUUCUUUUUAAUAAUGGCAAGCUGUCACCUGGUCCUUUUUUAAAAAACCAUCAAAAGAGCAUAUUAAAAUUCUUUAAUAUAUGGUUCACAGUGUCAUCGCAGUGUCGCUCUUGUUAUAUGAAUUAAAAGCAUUAAUAUAUGUCAUUUAAUUUAUAUAAUUUCCUCCUGAUUGCAUCAAAUUUAACAGUUUAGCGGAAUGUUCAUUGAUUUGUAGCUACACUGUUCCUCUGUUAGUACAUUUUACUGAAUUGUAUGCACUAAAAUCAAUUAUCUAAAUAUAGGGAAGGCAUAUUGUGCAAAGUAGCAUAGUUAAUAAAUAUUAAUUAUUAUACUACAUUGCAUAUAAUAAUAUUGAAGUACAUUAUGAAGUAAGUGUUUUCCAUGUUUUUUUUUUUAUUUAUUUUUUAAAUUGGUGUUUAAAUGCAUACAGGACUAUUGUAUGUGUAACUAAGUGUAAACAAAAGAAUGUAAAUGACUGUAAAAUGGACUAUAAGUGUAUGUAGUCAAAAUCAAAUUAGAGCUGAUAAAUAUGACAUGUUUAAUGUUUGAUUGUGUGUUUGUUUGUUCAGUAGCUCAGGCCUGGAAUGAAAGUAUAUUCCUCUUUAAAUGUAACUCUGUAUUAUUAAUUCAUUCACACUACAUUAUAAUAAUAGUAAGAUGAUCUUAAUCUCUUUUAAGAUUAUUGACUGAGCGAAUCUAAUCAUUUACACCGCACUUACAAAGAAGUUACAAAAAGUACCAAUGGUAAUACCCUGUUUCAUGUACAUA